GUUUUGUGUCGGAUUUGAAAUUAUGAAAGUUGAUCGAAGUUAGAAUUUGAAGUAGUUUGUUUCCGUUAAUUAAUAGGAAAUGAAUACUAUUGAUAGUGACGAUUUUACCGCAGAAGAUAUAGUAGAAUUGAUCCCUAGCAUGAGUAAUGGCUUGAUUAAGAACUACAGGGAAUUCGAAUCUCGCAUUGCAAACUCUGAAACCAAUUGUCAAAAAUACCACAGUAUCAUUAAAGGCUACAUAAAUUUCAUUGGCAAUUUCCCCAGUGUUUUGAGGAAAAAUGUUGACCAACUGGAACUUAACCUCAGCAGGAAUAAGGGUAUUCUCAAGGAAAAAAAAGCAGAAGUAGAGGAUCUGCUAAAAAUAGAAAAGGAGUUAGUAGAAUCAGAACAUCAAAAUGAACAGAAGAUAGAGUCGCUGAGAGAAAAAAUCUCUCAUUCACGAGAGAAGAUAAAAAAUUUAGAGGAAAAAAGGUGUGUAUGA